CAAGAUGGCGGAGAUCGGCGAUGAGUUUGUGAUCGGAGGUCGAAAAUUAGCCCAGUUAAAAAACGAUGAGCUUAAACAGGAACUGGAAAAAAGAGGUCUGAAGAAAAGCGGUAACAAAGCUGCUCUUGUUGAGAGACUUAGCGAGUAUUUGUUCAAAGAGCUGUAUGAAAACCAACAGCAGUCCACACCUCAACAGUCAGUCCAGCAAGCUAUACAUCAACAACAAGUAAAUCUACCUCAGACAUUACAACAGCCAUUACAACAACCAUUUUCUGGCCAGCAGUACCGCCAGUUUCCUGGACAGCAACAAUAUCAGCAAUUCAACCAACAGCAGCAUCAGCAAGCACCUUUCCAGUCCCCACCAUAUCAGACAGCCAUACAAUCUCCUACCGGAUUGACACAACAACAACAACAACAGCUUUUACAACAAAUACCUGGACAAAAUCCUGGAAUCCAGCAACAAAUUAAUCAUCAACAACAAUUACAACACCAGCAAAACUACUUUGCACAGCAAUCACCACAACAGCAGCAAACCUCACCAUUUGCGCAAACAGACUUCCAACAAGAGCAGUUUUUACAAUUCCCAGGGCAAGGAUUUAAUACGCAWUAUUUGACACCUCAASAGAAUAUGUUACAGCARCAAGAACCAAUUACCAGCCUGAAUGAACCAACUCAACAGGUCAGUUCUGAGCUGAUAUCUGAGGAACCUCAUGAUGACUCAUCUUCAUCAUCCACCAUUAUUGAUGAACCAGUACCAGAGCAAGAAGUGCAGCCAGUAGAAGAAAGCAAGCCAUCAAAAAAGCCUGAUGGACAAGAAUUCUCAUCACCUGGCAGCAGCAGUAGUAAUUCAAAUGAGAGUUGUGAACCUUCUCCUGCUCUAGAGCAAGAMAAAGAAGAACAAUCUUCCUCCUCUUCAUCAUCUUCYUCRGCUGGAGACGAAGAGCAAUCUCCAAUCAAACCAAGUGCRUUAAACCAAGAAGAACCAAGCCAGCAAGAGAUGGUUAAGGUUUCUUUUGGUGAAGAGAAUGAAAAUCAACAAGMAAUYSAAAAGGAAGAGACUAUGCAUGAAGAUGAUGAGKCUAAGUUUGAAAAGGAACCUGUAAAGAUUGAAGAAGAGAACCAGACUGAAGUGGCUCCCAUGCAGGAGGAUAAAACUGAGCAGGAAGAGACAGUCCCUCAGGAUCUAGAUGACAGUGUACGGGAAAAAGAGGCUCCAACGCAAAUGGAAGUAGAGAAGGCUAGUGAGGAAGAGGUAAAGAUCCCAGAGGAGAAAGUUGACAAGGUAGAAGAAAGCCCAAAGGAGGGCAGUGGGCUGGAGGAAGGUGAAGUUGAUGUCAGUAGUAAUGAGGACACUAAAGAGCUACAGGAAAGAAGCAAUGAACCACAGUUUGUUGUGGAGCCUACAGAUGAAGAAAAAGCAGUUGCUGAUGAGCCAAAACCAGAGGAAAAGAAACGAAGGACCCCAUUAAUAACCAAGAAGCGUAAGAUCUCAAUACCAUCAGCAGGAUCCACACCUGUUACUCCAUCAACAGAUGCACCAAGAAAGAGAAGAUGGGGAUCAUCCAAGUCAUCGAAACCAAUCAGUACAGAAUCACUGAAAGAUUUGAUACCUGGUGUUCAGGUUCAYUCUACUCCAGCCUUUGAUGCUGUGAUGGACUUUGGUAAGGAAGACCAUGAUGAUGGUGAUGAGAGAGAAGCUGGUGAACUGGUUGAUGAUGAUGACAUGGAAAAAGAAAAUGUUGAAGAAACGCARSGAAAUGAACCRGAAGCAAAAAAGAGAAAGGAUCGUAUAGUUAAGUUAGAAGAAGGGCGUAGAAAAAUAAGAAUAAAAACUGAAACAGAUGAUGCUCAGGAUGAGGUGAAAAUGGAUUUUGGACCAGCUAGUCCUACAUUAAGUAAAGAAACAAGACUUCCAGUUAUCCCUAUCCUGACACAGUCCCCUGUUCCUGCUGAAAGAUCUCCAUCGCCAGCCAGGAAUCCAGAGAGYGUCAACAUACAUGUGAACAACCUYGUCAGACCGUUCACACUGAACCAGCUGAAAGACCUGCUUGGGAAACAUGGCACUUUAGUUGAUGAUGGGUUUUGGAUUGAUAAAAUUAAAUCACAUUGCUAUGCAGUGUAUUCAGACAUUGAUGGAGCAAAAGCUACAAGAGCAGCCUUACAUGGUGUCAAGUGGCCCCCAACCAGUCCUAAAAUACUCAGUGUAGAGUUUGAAGAUGACCACCAGAUGGCUCGUGAUACCGGYGGUGCGUUGGGUAAAAGAUCGAGAGAUGAAGAUGUUCCGGUUAAGCGUGAACGGGAACCAGAGAAAUCUCGAGAUGUAGAAGAAGAAAAGGUGACCGAUGAUGACAACAGCCCCGCUGACUUACUGGAUAAUUUAUUUCGUAAAACUAAAACCACGCCCUGUUUAUACUGGUUACCAUUGACUGCAGAACAGAUCGUCAAAAGAGAUCAAGAAAGAGAAGAAAAACGCAAGAAACGUGAAGAAGCAAGAAAACGAGAUGACGAAGAAAGAGAAAAACGACGGGAAGAACGGGAAAAAGAACGCGAACGAGAAAGAGAACGUGAGCGGGAACGCGAGAAAGAACGCGAGCAAGCGAAAAAUCGCGCGCGUGAUCGGUCCAGAUCGCGUGAUAAUCGAGGGAAAGUUCGCUCGCGCUCUCCAGUGAGGCGGCGGCGAUCUUCUGGAAGUCGGAGUCGAAGUCGAAGUCGUAGCUGGAAUAGAAGAAAGUAGAGUCUAUGAAAUGUACCUAGGAACGUGAAUACCGACGAUCAUCUUUAUUGUAAUCAUGGACUCAAGACCACAGUAARUUCAUCGUAAUCUUGGCGCAGUUCACGUUGCCCAAAUCCCGAUUAGCGUUAAUUCCAGCCGCUUAAUGUCAUAUUAGUUUUCUUAACGUUAGCGUUAAUCGAGGUUGGAAAUGAUCAACGCAGAGAUCUAUCACCUUACCAUGUUUUGUAUUCCAUGGUUAAUGUAAAAUUAGCAAAGGACUCCAUUGUAAGAAUUGUCUCCAGUUUUGUGAAUUUUUUUAUGGUGUUUUAGUUGUAUGAGAUCACGUUGUGUUUUAUAGACAAACAAUAAAGAAAGUAAACCGGUGGAUUUUCAA